GUUUAAACGUAGACCGCGGAGCAUAAGGACGUAAUGUUAGACGUUGCUAGCGAUUGUUUCUGCUUUUAAUCCGUCGGUCGGUGGCAGAAAAUAACCGUUGUUGUCUCAGUUUCGGCCGUAUGUCCCGGUUUGGUGUUAUCUGGUAUUAAAUGUGCAGUUUUGAGGACGUUUCAAACUGAAGCAAUGGCUAGGGAAAAUUAACGUAGCUUUUUGUGGCUAAUGCUAACAACAAAGAGCGGCGGCUCAUACAAUUUUGUCAGGUUUAUUUUCAUUAUUGUUUCAUUAGUUAUUAGCUUCGGCAACUCACUGAAGCUGCUGAUAAACACUGGGUUGUUUUUGUGGCUGCCAGCGCAGAUUAAUCUGAACUUUAAUUAACGGGUCAUUUAAAACCCGAACGGAUCCUGCCUCCCAGCUGACACAGCUCCGGGUUCUGGGUCAUAUUGGGUUGAAUCAGCUGUCAGUCUCGCGGGUGUUUUACACAACCGUAUGUUAAAUUUCCAGGGUCAGAUUUCUGUUUAUGUGAACUGAAUCCUCUGAAGGUCUAAAACGUUAAAAGUCAGUGAUGGCCGAGAUGAUGGAGUCCUGUUUCAGUGGUAUACCUAAAAGAGUGGGACCAGUGGAGGUGGAGGACAUCAAGAGAAAUCUGCUGGGUGACCUGGAUGCUCUGGUAGCACAGUCUCAGACGGAGAACCUGCAGGAGAACCUGCAGGUGUACCUGAGAGUUCGGCCUUUUACUACAGCUGAAAGCAACAGCGGAGCGUCGCAGGAUUGUGUGACCAUGGAUGGUUCUAACACUGUGGUCCUCAAGGCUCCCAGGAUCGGUCAGCCGAAUCGACAGGGCGACAAGUCUUUCCCCCAGACUGCACAGCGGUUCACCUUCACACAGGUGUUUGGUCCUGAGGCCAGUCAGAAGACCGUUUUUGAGGGUUCAGUUCGUGGUUUGGUCCAGGAUGUUUUGCAGGGAGGCAACUGUCUGGUGUUCACUUACGGAGUCACCAAUGCUGGAAAAACGUUCACCUUCCUCGGGCCAGACCACAACUCCGGGCUGCUGCCCAGGUCUCUGUCAGUCAUCUUUAACAGUAUGGAGGGCCGUUUGUACGGCCGCAGCGAUUUGAAGCCUCAGCGGUGCAGAGACUUCAGCAGACUUACCCCAGAUCAGCAGGCAGCAGAGAUCAGCAGCAAAAGGAACCUGCUCAGGCUACUGAAAGAGAACGAUAAGAGUCUGACGGCUGGAAAAUCAGCUUCAUUUGAAGGCUCCUCCAUCAGCAGCGAUGGCAGCAUGAACAGUGUCUCUGAGACAGAUUCGUUCUGUCUGGACUUUCCUUCAAAUGUUCGCUUCUCCGUUUGGGUCUCGUUCUGUGAGAUUUACAAUGAGAACAUCCACGACCUGCUGGAACAGGUUCCCAGCGGACAACACAAGAGAACCGUGCUGCGUCUAUCUCAGGACGUUAAAGGGAACUCCUUCAUCAAAGACCUGCGCUGGGUCCAGGUGAACAGUUCAGAGGAGGCAUACAAAGUGAUGAAGAUCGGGAAGAGGAACCAGAGUCUUUCUGCUACCAGACUAAACCAGCUGUCGAGCAGGAGCCACAGCAUCUUUUCCAUCAGGAUCCUCCGGAUCGACGACAGUGGAGUUCCCAGAGUCCACAGCAUAAGCGAGCUGGCUCUGUGCGACCUGGCCGGCUCAGAACGCUGUUCUCGAACCCACAAUACCGGAGAGAGGCUAAAGGAGGCGGGGAACAUAAAUGGCUCCCUGCUGACACUUGGGAAGUGCAUCAACGCCAUGAGGCUCAACCAGAACACCAAGUUCCAGCAUCACGUUCCCUUCAGGGAGUCCAAACUCACCCACUUCCUGCAGUUCUUUUUCUGUGGUUCCGGCCGAGUGUCCAUGGUGGUCAACAUCAACCAGAACUCCUCUUGUUUCGACGAGACGCUCAACGUCCUCAAGUUUUCUGCACUUGCUCAGAAGGUGGUGGUGGUGAACUCCCGGCCCGUUGUUCUAGAUGACAGCGCCUGCCACAAGUCGGCCAUGGAGCUGUCUCUCAUCAUCGACGAGGCCGACCAGCGCAGGAACAUGUUGAACCAGGGUAGGAGGAGCUCGCUUGUUGCCUGGGAGACAAGCCUGGAGGAUGUGCUGGAGGCUGAAGACAGUGAGGAGUGGAAGGAGGAGGAGGAGGAGGAUUUCAUGGAGGGAACAGUGCUGGAAGCUGGAGGUGAGGAGGAGGAUGGGGACCGGACCAUGGAAGAGGAGACGGAAAAGUUUGGUCAGGAGGCGGCGCUCCGUUUGGUUCUGGAGGCUCAGAUCAGAGAAGAAGUCAGUGCUGAGUUCAUGGAGCUGUUCAACAAGAUGGAGAAAGACUACAGCGAGCGUCUAGAGAAGGAGAAGGAGAUCCUUGAGGAGCGAGCUGAGAAGAGGGUGGAGAUCCUAAAGAAUCUCAUCAGUAAGACAGUCGACCUGUCUGUACCAGACGAUGACGACUGUAAGGAAGCAGCUCCUUUGGAAGGAAUCAUCAGCUUCAUUACUGAAGACCUGAGGAAGAUCAGAAACGACGCUCAGAGCAUCCAUCACUGUCUGACCGAACAGGCACACACUGCAGAGAUUGAGGCCCUGCGGUUAGAGAAGCUGCAGACACAUGACCAGCUGCAGGAUGCAAUGAAGAGUCUGGAGCAGCAGCAGCAAAGGUUAUCAAAGCUGUCAGAGAUCUGUGAGCAGAAAGAUGAUGUCAUCAGUAAACUUCAGGAAGCCUCGAGGAAUGCUACACGAGAUAGACCAACCACCUGCAGCUGUGGGAGGAGGACUGAAGGAGAUGACGACAAGGAACAGGAGAGCGGAAAGCGCCAACGAGGUGAAACAGAGGAGCAGGGAGGAGGAGCAGCCAAGAAGAGAGUGGUUCUGGAAGAGGAGAUAUGGAGGCUCCAGGAGGUGAACAACAAGAAAGAGGAGACCAUUUGUGAGCUGAGAGAGAGGGAGCAGCUCAGGAGGGAGCUGGAGGAGGAGGCAGAGGAGUUGAAGAGGAAGAACCUAGUACUGGAACAGAAAGUUCAGGAGCUGACAGAUCUGGACAACUGUCUGAACUGUGACUCUGUGCUUUCAUCCCUGGAGGGGGAGCAGAAGGAGACAGCCAGGCUACAGAAGGAGAACAAAGCUCUGGUGAAUGGCAUCUUCCAGCUGCAGACAGAGGUGACCACUCUGCAGACGCAGCUCAAACAGCAGACUGACACGUCUAACAGCCUAUCAAAGCAGGUGGACUUGGCCAAGUCCCGCAUCCAGUACCUGGAGAACCAAUCAAAGCAGGAGGAAGGGCAGAGCAGCAGCCUCAGUGUUCUCCAUGCUGCCAUGGAGGAGUUGAAGAAGAAGAGCCAAGUGGAGCAGCAGAAGUUUGUUCAGACGUCCCAACAGAUGAAAGAGCUUCAGAAAGAGAAGAGGCAGUUGGAGGAGCAGCUGGCUCACAGAAACAGCAGCUGUGUGGAGCUCAGGCAGGAGAUGGAAAACCAGAGAGCAGAAUUCAGCCAGCAGCUGCAGAACCUGAGGGUAGAGGUGGAGUCAGAGGGCAGAGCUCUGCAGCUGAGACUGGAGGAAGAGAGGAGGCACCAGCUAGAAGAGGAGGUGGCAGGACUGCAGCGGGUCAUGCUGGAGAAGGAGCAACUUCUGGCAGAGAGCCAACAGCACACAGAAACUCUGAGACGAGAGCUGCACUGUCUGAAGGAGAAACUGUACAGGACGGAGGAGGAUGAAGAGAAGGAAAAUCAGAGUGCGAGGAGGCCACAGGGGAAGAGAAAGGAUGUGAGGGAACCUCAUCUACACCGAGAUGCUCAGGACAGUUCCUCUCCUUCGAGGUCCAACACGGCUGACAGGAAGAAGCUCUCCAAGACUGUGAAGAGGAAAAGGAAGAGCAGCGAGGUGGAGGGUUUGGUGUUCAGUGAGAGCAAAAGGAACAGAGUUAAAGGGAGAGCUCGCAGCAACAAACUGGAGGACGGCAUGCUGCAGAAGAUCGAGGAGCUGCUCCAGAACUCUCAGUCUAUCCUUAACAGCAAAGCUGAUCCCGCCCCCUCCACCACAGUAAGCAGACCCCGGCGCCUACGGAAGAAGCUGUUUAAGCUGGAUGCCUCAUCUCCACUACUGGACUCCCCGCACACAAUGUUGGGCGGUGGCGAGGAGGACAAGGAGAGCGAUCACCUGAUCAUCAGAAGACAGCUGCGCUCCAACAGCUGCAGAAAGUGAUGGGUUCUGAUUCUUGGACUUUUUAUGUUUGAUGAAGAGCUCCGAGCGACACAGCUUAUCUCUGAGCCAUUCACAGUGAGAUGAUCUGAGAAGACAGAUUAAAGGUUCUUGGAUCUAAUGGCUGUAAAAAAAAAAAUCAGCACCACUGUUUAUAAAAUCAGUUGGACCAAAUGCUGUAAGAUGAUUCAGACUGAAGGAGGGUGAAGAGCUUUAAUCAUGGUGAUGUUGUGAUGAUUUUAGUCAUCAGAAACACCAGAACAUCCCCUUUACAUCCAGAGGACCCACUUCCUCCUCUGCCUCACGUUUCUGAGGUGGCUGAUGAGGUCAACAAACUCUGAGGUUCCCCACAAAAAGCUUGGACUGACAUUCCCUCUGAUUCCUGCUCUUCUCUCAUUAGAUGUCUAGUUUUUCCUCAGAUUCAAAGUCCGACUCGCCUCUUCCUCAGAACCAACUGUUCAGAAGUUUAUCAGGCAGAAACCGAAUAUCUGCUGAGGUGUGGGAAGAGCAAAAGGAUCAGGAAGUGUGAAUAUUUUCUAUUAGUUUUUGACUGAGGUCGGAAACCGUUUCUAAUCUCUGGGAAUGAAGCAUUACAUGAAUGUGAUGUGGUCGUUGUUAAAUCCUCUGAUUCACUGCAGGUUUCAUGUUGAUCUUUGAAUGUGGAACUACAGAAUAAAGUUUCUGAUUUUACAUGAAAGGGACUUCUGUUGGUGCAGAAUGAAAAUAAAAUGUAUUUCUAUUUUCAA